AUGAGAGCGAGUAUGGCAGGGGCAGGACUGGAGGAGGAGGGGAGGGGGAGGGAUGGACGGGAUGAUGUCAGCGGUGACAUCAGCGAUGAGAGGGCUGCUGCUUUGCAGAGGCUGAGGGAGGAAAUUUCCGAGAAGCAGGGGAAGAUGCGGGCGCUGUGUGAUGAGAAGGUCAUUCUGGCACAGCAAGUGAGCGCACUGGUGAGCGUGUGGGCUCAGUUUGAACCAGGAGCUGCAGCACUUGCCUGUCCCUCUGUGUUCCCGUGUCUAUCCGUUUGCAUCCCCAUUUAUCCAUUCCUCUCCUUCGCUUUUCCACCCCAGCUGGAGAGCCACCUGCGCAGUUUGAACCAGGAGCUGCAGCACUUUUCGGAGGACCUCAAGCAAGACGGACGCUUCAUGGUGGAUGAUCCCUUCACACCCGUUCCUGACCGUCGGAUCCUCUCCUCCUCCACCUCCACCACACCCCUCCGCACCCCUUCUCCCUCCCCCAACCUCCCUUCCCCCUACGUCACCCCCCGUCGCACCCCUGCUGCCCCAGCUGCUUCCCCAGCAGCAGGGGUGGGAGGGGCGCGGGGGUGGGGGGAACCGAAGGGGGAAGGGCGGGGGUUGAGUGCAGUGGCUGUGCUGGCAUCUGGCAGUGGUGGGGAGGGGGGGGGAGGUGGCGGAGGGGGGGUGUGGGAAGCAAAGGGGGAAGCGUGGCAAGGAAACCAGGAGAGGGAGAGCGAGAGAGGGGCAGGGAGGGAAGCAGGGAGGGAAACAGGGAGGGAAGCAGGGAGGGAGGCAGGGAGGGAUGCAGGGAGGGAGAGGGAGUGGGAGAGGGGAGGAAGGGGUGCUGCCCUCAUGCCGCCUCCUGCUGCCCUCCCGCUCUCGAGAAAGAAGGGAGGGGUGAGCAGGGGCGUGCCGGUGGGGGCAGGUGGCGAGAGGAGGGAGGUGCCCGAGGGGGGGGCAGGAGAGCAGGUGUAUGAGCCAACGUACUGCAUAUGCGGGCAGGUGUCUUUUGGAGACAUGAUCGCAUGCGAUAAUGCAAAUUGUGAGGGAGGCGAGUGGUUCCACUACGAGUGUCUGGGACUCAGCAUCGCCAUGCCCCGGAUCCACGACAAGUGGUUCUGCCCUCACUGCACCUCCCUACACAAGAAAGGCAUGCUGCACUUGCCACCUUAG